UGUGUAAUACCAGUGGACAUCUAGUCCUAUGGGGAGAAGAUGCCAGAUGUAUGGUUGGAGCGACGUGAUUAUGGUAUCCUUACCUUCCUAUAGGCCUCUUCACACUUCCCAUAGCAUUCACGGGACGAACUACGUCGGAAAGAGGUCUCUGCUAUGGGUUUCCUUCUGUACAGUGUAGCCGCGCUGGCUUCCUUCGGCCUGGCCUCGGGUGCUGAGCCAUGGGCCUCUGACCCCCUCGCGACGGACUUCCCUAGCUCCUUCCUCGCCUCCCGGGACAACGACAUCCUCUCAGCUCUCACGUGGGCGACGCUCGAUCUCAGCCACCUGCGCCGGGACAUCGACCACCAGUCCUUCGCCACGUCCUUUGGCAUCCCUCAACGCGUCCUCGGUCUUCCCCCGCAGCCUCGGUCACUCUCGAAGGAGGAAGAGGUCCCUGUCCUUUCAAAUCAACCAUGAUAUCAUCGCCCAGCUGGAGAUGAGGUUCAAAGUUCCGCUCUUCGAAGUGAUAGAGCACACCUUCUUCAUGCUGGAGCUGCCCAUCACCUUCGACAUCGACUUGGUGCGGACGGGGGACGCCCGUUCGAGGACCAGUGCCGGCAGGAAGGGGGGCUUGUCCGAAGCUCUCUCUCAGCUCGAGGACGUAGUGGCGCUUUACCUCGCGAAGUCCCAGCCUCACGAGGACACCAACGAGAUCGACGUCGGCGGCAACGAGUACCUGUGGGCGAGCGUGAAGGGGCGUGCGGGCGGCAGGUGCUGGGAGGCCUUCCCCGAGUGCCCGCUGUCGCUCUUCAACAUUCUGCAACCAUAACUUCUCCUAUGGGCUUUGAUUUCUUGUUCUUGCUGAUUCGUUGAUGCGUUUCUUGGCUCUUUAACGUUUUUUUUGCUCCGUG